GUUAUUCUUCUCACUUUGUGAAGCUGAGAUGAAGAGCUACAGAAAAUGAGCUUUGGAGUCAGAAGCCUAGUUCUCGUCCAGAGUCAGACAUCAUUUUAAAUUCAACAUGGAGCACCUUACUAUUCUCCUUCUGACUUUACCAGGUGUGUUCAGCCUUUCAGCAGAAUCGAAUAUUGAUGGCUGGGAAGGAGGCUCUGCUGCUGUUCACUGUAAAUAUGAACUUCAGAAGUACCGUGACCAUGUGAAAUAUUGGUGCAAAGGAUAUCCAUGGCAAUCCUGCCACAUCCUAAAGAAAAGUAAUAGUCCUCAAGAAACACAUUCCAGAGUCACAAUACAUGAUGAUAAAAAGAAAGGAAUCUUUACUGUGAUUCUGUCGGAACUGAAGCGUGAGGACAAUGGUCGCUAUGCAUGUGGUAUAGAAAUUAGUGGCGUUACACUUGAUGAAGGAGUGUACAUCGAUUUAACAGUCUCUGAUAAGCAGCUAUUGUGGAUGAGUAGCCCUGUGAUCACGGCUCAGGAAGGAGGAGCAGUCAGCAUCCAGUGUCAUUAUUCCAAAGACCUCACAUUGUCUACAAAACAAUGGUGUAGAGAAGGAGAAUGGGAUAAGUUCAUACUCGGCGUUGACCAUACCAGGGAAGGCUUCACCCUGAAUAUGAAAGGACUGGAGAUGAAAGACACGGGGCGAUACUGGUGUGCAAUCAAGAAAGGUGAAGCUACAAUUGGAACUGUCAUGCAACUGAAAGUCACUGCUGUUCGUCUCCUGUGGGUCAGUAGUUCUGUGAUCACUGCCCAGGAAGGAGGAGCUGUCAGUAUCCAAUGUCAUUACGCUGCACACUUAAUACAUCAUGUCAAAUACUGGUGUAGAGGAGAUGAAUGGAGCUCUUGUGAGAAUCUUGUCCAAUCAGGACUUUGUACACCAGGAGAUAAAAGGAUACUCAAUGAUGACAAGACCCGGGCAGUCUUCACCGUGAGUGUAAGCAGACUGGACAGGGCUGAUACUGGACGUUAUUGGUGUGCAGCUGAAAAUAAUCAAGUUAAACUGGGAAGUCCAGUAGAACUAAGAGUUGAAGGAUCAUAUAGUGAGCCAGAUGGAACCAUUACCCUUUGUGAUUCAUAA